AUGGGCGACUUGAUGCCGCUCAGGAGUUUUCUCGGUAACGCUAGGAUACUCGAAUAUCAGCGAAAUUUCGAACUGCUAAUGAACGAAUCGUUCCGGGACAUCUUCGUCAAGUUGUACAGCACUCAGAUAUACUAUCCGAUCAUUGAUGCAUGCUACAACGAAAUUUUCUACAAACAUUACCGCGCUCAUAAAGCUGUUUAUAAAUGUCCAGGUCAAACUUUUUACUUCUGUCUUGGUUUGAAUAAGCUUUCAAAUGACCGAUGA